AUGGUUCGUAUCAACCAGAUACCAGCUUCUGUCCUUGAAGUCGUGAUGGCUGGCCAAUCGGGAAAAAACAUUGACAACGAGAGUAUCCUGCUCGCCAUGCAGGAGUCGAUUCAGAAGCAGCUUGACGCUGUCAGGGCCAAGAAGCAGGGUACUCAGCAAGAGAAUGUGCCUACAGACUCCGGCGAGAAUGAUGAUAUCAUUGAUAUUGAAAAAUCGCCGGCGAAAGGAACACUUGGGGUCCCAAAGCGAAAGGGGGAGAAGAGUCCUAAUGAUAAGGAAACAAACGGGAGUGCUGAGAAACGAAGACGCCCCGGUACUCCACCGUCCACUUCUGCUCAAGCCCGCCGAGCCCGAAGUGCCAACGUCGUCCAAACCCUCGAUCGCCGCAACGCGAGAGCUGCUGCUCCGCCAGCCGCCGCUCUAGCUGCUGCUGUUGUCGAGCAGGAAGACAACGACACCGACGACUCCGACGAGGAGAUCAUCUUGACCGAUUCGACGGACUCGGGAGAGGAAGCGCCUGGAGACGGGGCUCCCGCUCUGCAGCCAGCCGAGGCCGAGCCACCAGUUCGUGCUCAGAGACGUCAAAACCGAGCUGGCAACAAUCGGGACAGGGAUGCUGCACUUCAUCGUCGGCAGGGACCGAAUCCCAUCAAGAAAGCCAAGCAGCGCAUGGAAGAAGCUGGCUGCAGCGAUCUAGAGGAAGACGGAGACAUCGACGUGACUACAGUCGACGCUUUCGUCUGUGCCUGGGCUCGCUGCGGGAACAGCUUCAACAACAAACAGGAAUUCUUGGAUCACGUGAGGUUCAUCCAUGUCAACCCAUCGAGCGACUACGCCUGUCUGUGGGACGGCUGCCUGAGGCGCGACCGGUUCCGCGCCCUGUAUAUGCUAGUGGUCCACGUCCGUCGCCACACCGGAGAAAAGCCACAUCGCUGCCCGCGUGCGGGCUGCUUCAAGGCCUACAGCCGCCUCGAGAAUCUCAAGACCCACGAGAGGUCCCACAGCGGAGAGAAGCCGUACGCCUGCGCCCAGUGCGGCAAAGCCUUCUCCAACGCGUCCGACCGUGCCAAGCACACCAACCGGACCCACUCUGGGAACUUGAAGCCCUACGAGUGCGGACACGAGGGUUGUCGCAAGGCGUACACCGACCCGUCCAGCUUGAGGAAGCACAUCAAGACUGCCCACGGCGACCACAUCUACGAGCAGAUGAAAAACGAGAAGCUGAAAUCAUCUGGAGGACGUUGGCCUCGAAAACACUACUACAACAGCAAAUCGAAGAAGCUCGCCGAAGACGCGACUCGCCUCGCCCACGGCGACGAGCCAGGUACCAGCGGGCAAAAUUCACAGGCCUCCAGCUCGGCCAGCCCUGACGACAGCACUUGCCGGGUCGAAGAGGUGCCGGCCGACUAUCCCGACUCGGACAACUCGUCCGGGACGCCGAUUAUCGAGGAGCCGCCCGAGGAAGACGAGGAAAUGGAUCAGUCUCCGCCAGGAGCCGCCGAGAACGAGCCGCAGCCGAUGCAGGCAGAGCCGGCUCCCGUGCCCGAGCCGCGGCGCAACAUUGCCGCACCUCGCCCCAACCCGCAUCCCGGCGUACCCGCGGAGAGCCCCGCCCGCCGCAGGAACCCGUCUGGCGCUCACGCUCCCGCCGCUCAACCCGCUCAAGCAGCCCCUCGUCCUGCUGUUCGUCCCGAAGAACCUCCGCCUCCACCCGCCGCACAACCCCGGCCAACCCAACCACCAACCACUCAUCUGCCCCAAGAUCCGAACGCCUACAUCGCGGUCGCGCGCGGCUUUAAUGUGCCCCGCAAUCUACCGACCACCAACCUUUCCACCGAUAGUAUUUUCGAUCCCACCCUGAUGACAAGAGGUUGUAUAGUCUAUGAAGAUAUCCCUGAUGAUGAUGUGCUGUUCGAUUCGAUGCCCGACAACGAGGCAUCGAGAGAUGAGAAUGAGGUGCUUGUGGAAGCUGUUGAAAUUGAAGAGAAGGUGCUGGCUCCACCAAAAGCGAAAGAUGUGCUCCGAUUGACAACAAACACGGAAAUGUCGAGGGUCGAAGCCUCCGCAAAAACUACCGAGGAUAAUACCACUGAUGAAGAUCUGCCAGAAAUGAUACUAGAAGGUGUGGCGCGAGAAACGGAAACGGAAAUUGAAUACGAGCCAGAUGUCACAACAAUUCAACUGGAACGAUUGGCUCUUGAGCCGGUAGUUUCGGAUCCAGCCCCUGUUGAGCUGGCAUCACUUGUGGAAGCACACCAAGGCGAUGCUAGAAAAAUCUUGAAAGAAACGAGAAAAAAGAUGAUCGCCUAUGAGACGAGGCUUCGCUAUAAUGGCAUGACGCUCGCCGAUUUGUUUGCCCCUCACCUGUGCCUCGAGGAAUCAGAACGCCUCACCGGCCAGGUCUCCUACGACUUUGUCAGUCCGCGCUUUCUCCAGGACUUCAGCAUGGAGCUACGAUCUGAGGUCGAAGAGGUUCUCCAACUCACCUCCUGCUCAUCCGACCCCGAAACCGAAAAAGCCAAGCGAAUCAUGACUGCUAAGAAAAAAGCACAAGCCGCCCAAGAAGCAGAAAAACGACGAGAAGCAGUUCUUGCGGAAGAAGCACGCCUGAACAAGAUGGAAGCCGAGAUGAUCAAGAAGUUCCUGAUCGCUAAGCCGCACUCUUGGACGGAUGAGCAAUGGGAACUACGGAGAGAGCAGCAGGAUAACUGGAACCGGUGGCUCCAAAGGAAACGUGAUAAGCUGAGGCGAAGGGCUGGGGAGCCGGAGCAGGCAACUCCAGUCCAACAACCGGUACAACCCCAAUACCAAAGUCAGCCUGAUCCUCGGGUACGGUAUCAUCAUAACAUGGCGGCAUUUCCGGAUCAACCGAGAUACUACCAACAGCCGCAGUACCCUGUUUACUACCAACAUCAAUACCCGGGCUACUAUGUCCAUCCUCAUCAAUAUCCUCCCAUUUAUGGAUAUCCUCCUCACUACGGACAAGUAUGGAGUAACGGCUACGGGUAUCCCGAUCAAUAUCCACACCAGAUAAUGUACACAUCGACGAUGGAAGACCCAGAAGAUCAGCAGCAGUAUACGAGGCCCGGAAGUGCUUGCGCUUCCGAGACUGAGUAUCCGGCCCCCAGCUCGAUCAAUUCGCUAAAGAAGCUCGCGAAAAUUGCUCGAGAUGGUGGCGACUCGGUGCGAGAAUCGGAUGAAGAAGGAGAAGGUGUGCAAGAACCUGAGCAGUCGCAAACAGCACAAACAGCGCUCUCUGAUGAGGAGGAUGAGACUCAAGCGUUCGACACGGAAAAGCUGCUUCGGGAGGAUGAGGAUGUUGAUUAUAGCCAGCGCAGAUGGAUACCGGUUCUAACGUCCGAUUCCCCAGCGCCGGCACCAGCUCAAGAUGACCUGGAGAGCCAAGAUUCGGAUGGCGGGAGCAGAUACAUCUUGUACCGGACACCGUCACCAACACACGAAACCGCAACAGCUAACUUUGACGAUGCUUCUGAAGGCCAAGAAGAACAAGAACAAGCUGAGCAACUUCCCAAGCAAGCCGCUUCACUGAAACCGAAGAGAUUCAAAAAGAAGAAGAGGCUCCUCAGGAAAGUUCAACGUCGACAAGCUCCUGAACCGGCUAUCGCGUCACCGCUCCCUUGCGAUCAGGAUGAGAUCGAGCUUUUCGAAACACCAUCAAACGAGCAAGAACUUGAUGAGGAAGAACUCCGCCUCGCGGCGCUGGAUGAGGACGAGAUGAACGUGCCUAGAACAUCUGCAAUCUGCAGACCGCGAACAAAGCGGAAGUUCAGGUUCAGGCGAAGACGACCUGCCAGAGCCCAGAAGCUGUUUUUCGUGAAGCCGGUUGAGGAGGAGAUGGACACACUAGUAAAGUCACCAGCUCAAGAAGAUGUGGAAAUGGUCGAGGAGCCGGAAGUUGCGGAAAAAGUUGUGGUGACAACGGCUGAUGUGGGAGAGGCAGCAGAAGAUCCGGCCGUCGAACCUUCGGAAGAGGAGAUUACCACCGAAAUUGCGUUUGUCAGGGAGGAGGCAGAAGCAGAAGCCGAAAUCGUCAAGGCAGAAAAAGUGGAAGCCUCGGUCAGCCUUGAAGCCGUGCAAGCCGUGGUGGUGCUGGAGGAGAAGCUCGAAGAAGCCGUUGUCCCCAGCCUUGAAGCCGUGCCAGCCGUGGUCGUCCAGGAGCAGCUCGAAGAAGUCACUGUCCCAUCAGACGAGUGCCACAUUGAGUCUCCGCCCAGCCCCAGCAUCCCGAGACCGACUCCACGAUAUGAAAUGCCGCCGCGCUUCCUUUAUCAACUACCGGUGGUGGAGAACUUCUGGGCUAAUUUGGCUGGAAACUCGGGCAUGAGUUCGUUCGCUGGAUGGCCGAUCCCACUUCCAACUGCGUUCCUCCAACCCACUCACCCGAUGCCGAUACCGCAAAUUGACGCUUCGUUCUCUCCAGCUCCAGCUCCAACCCCAACUGCAAUUCCAAUUUCUCCCGAGCAAGACAUCCAGCCUCGGCAAGUCCAAAAGCGCCGCGGACUCUCUCCUAAGGAGAAACAGGCAGUGAAGGUCCAGAAAACAGCUGAGGAUGAAGUGGCCCGGGAAGCUGACGCUGAAGCUCAGCCUCCAGUUCUCGGGGCUAGCGAGCAGAGCUCCGAAAAUUCCGACAAGCCGAAGCUCCAGGAGAUCGAGACAUCUUCAGAGGAGCCCGAAGCCGAGCCAGUCGAAGCUCCGAAGAACAAACCACUCGAAGCUGAGGCUCCGGCGGAAGAAGUCGAAGCCGAUGAGGAACAGGAAGCCAAGAAGCUUACCGAGAUCCCUGAGAACAGGAAGUUUAACUCAGAGGAAGCCGCUCCCAAGGAAUUGGAAAAAGACCAAACUGUGGCAGACCUUGUCGAGGAAAUCACCGAGAUUCUCGAAAAAAAGACGCUAGGCACCGAUGAAACUUCUCCCAAAGAGCAUGAAGACAAGGAGCUGGAGGCAAGCAUCGAAGAGUUGAUCAUCGACGCCGCGGAGAAUAAAGAAGCCGAAGCGCGUGAGACCUCUCACAAAGACGCGGAAGCCGAGGAAAAAUUGAGCGAGACCGAGCGACUCCGUUUUCUUAAAGCCCUGGUCGAUGCUGUCGUGGCUAACGAGCAGGAGGAUAUCUCAAAAACCUUGCUAGAAGAUGUGGGCUUUGUGAUGGACGCGGUCGUUUUGGAGGUGAUUGCCUUGGAAAGGGAAGCAGCUGAAGAUCUUCAGGAAGCUAGCUUCGUACUCGAAGAACUCGUCCUGAAGGUUGAUUCGAAAGUCAAAGCCGCUAAAGUUCUCGAAGAGGCCAGCUUUGUGCUGGAGGAAUGUGUCUCGAAGGUUGAUUCGGAAAUCCAAAUCGCUGAGUCGAUCGCGGAAGCCAGCUUGGUGCUGGAAGAAUGCGUUUCGAAGGCCGUGGUUGAUUUCGAAAACAAAGUCACCAAAGCUCAGCAAGUCGCACCCAUCAAGUCUGCAGAAGACCGUCGGAAAACUAAGGCUGAAGUGCUGCUGGCGGAAGUAACAUCUGAAAAGCCUGAAGAGCAAGCUGAAGCGUCCUUCUUAUCCGAUGCUGAAACUGUGAAACAAGUCAUCGACAAGCUAACAGACGAUCUCAAGGUUCUGGUUCUCCCGAAAAGCGCUGAGGAGCCGAUGGAGGACGAAGGCAUGGAUUCCUCCACAUCGGCCAAGCCUACGCCAAAGAUUGAUGCUCCGAAAGACGCCAAUGUGGACGAAGCCUCAUCCUCCAACCUCAAGGACCCAUCUUCAAUCGAGGUGGUUCAGGAAGAGGAGGUCGAAGCUGAUACCUCAGAGGACACAGUCAAGCGUUCGGAUUUUGCUUCAGAUGAGGAGAUCAACGUCGAAGCCACAAGCCCUCCAGAAGCACUAACGGAGCGCCGGGUUACGAGCCAGAAGAACUCCGUUCGAGAAAUGCUCGACGCCAUGACAAUGUCGGAUUCUGAAGAAGAAGAGAAAGAGGCUGAUGAUGUUGGAAAGGAUUCUGAAAACUCCAUCAAAUCAGAGCCUACCAGAAACCUUCGGGAAGUGGAAGCAGAAAGCACGACAUCGAGUGUCUCUAGCGAUGACGGAUAUGAAAGCCACAAUAUUCCAUCGAUAAGCCGCAGCAAUGAGUCUCUUGAUGUUGUCCUCAAAAAGGCAAAGGAGCUCAAACAAGAUCAACUAGUCCGAGAAGUUCGUAAGGCCGCCAUCAUCGAAGCGACUGAACUCGUCGUCAACUUGCAGCUACAAGCUCAGUCACAGCAAACUCGCGAAAUCCGGAGGGCAGUUGAGCCGACAACUUCAAAACAGCCCGAACAGGCUGAGCCAAGGAAGAAGGAUGUCUAUGACUUCGCUGAUUCCUCUGAAGAUGAGGUGAUCCCGGCCCCGAAACCGACGAGGAAGGCAAGGGCCGUCUCAAAUCCGACGCCUCAAAAAGAAGUCGAAAUUCAAGAGCAAAUCGAAAAGCCCGAGACCUUGAAGACCACCCCCAGCAAGACGGCUGCAAAAAAAGCUGCGCCCGGAAGACCCGCUGUGAGCAAGGCUCCGGUUGGCAAGGCCGCCAAGAAGGGCAAGCAGGUUCGAAGAGGAAGGAAGAAGGCCGGAAGUGACGAAGACAGCGAUGAAGAAUACUUCGCUGGAAAACUUUCAUACGCGCAUGAGGCCACCUCCCGUACCACUCGCGCUGACACGAGACCCCCAACUGCCCCAGCAAGGCCAGUUGUGGCCAAUGACCAUGAGGACGAGGCGGAAGAACCAGCUCGGAGACCUAGGAAGUCCAGCCCCCGGAAGACCGCUCCCCAAGCCCCACCAAGGUAUGGCAGAGGCAAAGAGUUCCCGGUCAGGCCGGAACCUUCAACAAGCUCAAGAAGAGAUAGAAGCUCGGAAUCUUCCACAAGCUCGUCGACGGGAGGAGCCCCAGAAGCCGCGAGCACCUCUGAAUCCAAGCCUAUCCUUGAAUUCACAGAGGUACUGGAUGAAGGAAGAGUCCCGCAAGUGCCGAUCACCAACCCCGACCUACCGGCUAGCAUGCAAAAACGGGACCCCAACGAUCGGGAUGCGACUCCUCCCGCCUAUGAUCCGAACUACGAUCCCGCUGAAGAAAUCCAGAAGCAGAUGGAUCAAGCAGCAAUGGCCGGCCCUUCGACCUCGUACAUCCAGGCUGUCAAUAUCGUUCCUGUGAGAGAUCAGAAGGUCACGAUGAAGGAGCCUACGCCUGAGCCUGAGGAGCCUGAGGAUCCGCCAUCCCCGCCACCGAUGAUGCGGAGACCUGGGCCACCGAGACCUUACUCGCCCGUUAUUGAAGACCAAACGCCGGAGCCAGCGCAGCCAAAAAUCAUUCCGGCCCAAAGCCAAACAGUCCAGCCGACAAGCGUGGGAGACAGCCCCAACGACUUCAACGACUAUUAUGGUGGCUACUCCCCUGCGGCGCCGAUGCCAUCCGGCGCAUCCGACUCUUACGGAAUGCAAAUGAUCGGACCAGGCCUCUCUCAACAUGCUCCUGUUGUCAUGCAUCCCAUGCAACCGUUGCAGCAGCCGAACAUCUACUACGGCCAGCCACCGAUCGACCCGAACGCUGGCUUCGUCAUGACGCAUGGCUUGCCUCAGAAAAUGCCACACAACCCGGCUUACCAUGGGAUGCAGCCAGGAUAUGGAGAUCAGCAAUGGCAGCCGAUGCCGCAGCUCCAACAUGCCAAUUGGCCGAUGGCUUCGACCGCUCCCAGGCAGCCAACCCCGAGCAGUUCGGUCCCCCGGGGUGUUCCGCGCCACGCCACUCAAGUUCAAGAUCCGAUGGUGCGGGAUCCGGCUGAGCGGAUGCAGCAGCUGAAACUUCAAGAACCCAAGAAGAAGAUGAGGACCAAACAGAUGCCCCCGCAGAUGCAUACUUCACCUAUGUAUGCGGGGUAUCAACAGAUGUCACCACACUAUCAGGGACCUCAGCAACAGCCCUUCAAAUCCUCGAGCUCAUGCCAGCAAAAAUAUCCACCGGGAUUUCGGCCUUUGAGCGAAGGCGAGAGUGCGGUUAUGAUGAACGCUAGGGCUCCGGGCGCUCAACGCCUUCAAGCUAACCACUCGGGCCAGUUCAUGGGCGGUCUCCAACAUCAGAACGCCCCCCGGACCAGCGAGAUCAACAGGCCAUCCCCAGCUUAUCCUCCACCAAGCUAUAUGGGUCACCAAAUCCCCCCUAACCAGUGGCCGACCACCUCGAACUACAUGGGCCCUACCGGCCCCAACAUGAUGGGCCACUACAACGCCCCGAUGGGCCACAUGGGUCCCAGCAGCCAGCCCCAUUGGCCCCAAGUAGACCCUCUACAACAGCCGGAUAACACCACCGGCGACCAGGAACAAUACCAAACUUGGCAU